AUGAUCCGACCACAUGCAGAGAGCUUCUAUUACAGCGACACAGACUUCGAAGCCAUGAAGCGUACAAUGCAUUCGCUCAGGGAGAAAGGUGCAGAUGGUUUUGUAUUCGGGAUUCUGACUCAGAAUACGCCAGCACAGGCCGCUCCUCGAAUUGAUGUGGCGAGGAAUAAAGAAUUGGUUGAGCUUGCGCAGGGCAGGCCAUGCACCUUUCAUCGCGCGUUUGACCUGAUCUCGGAAUCAAACUGGGAUACUGCCUUGGCCGGCAUCGUGGAGUGUGGGUUUACUUCUAUCCUGACAAGUGGCCCGUCCGGUGGGACGGCGAUAGAAUGUGUCGAUCACUUAGACCGCUUGGUACAUGAACGACUUGAGCAGUUAAGGGGACGUGUGGAGGGCCAUGCUCGGUUGCCUCAGAUCAUUGUAGGUGGAGGCGUUAGAGCAACCAACAUUGGAAUGUUAUGGGAGAGGACGCGUGCUCCCGCAUUUCAUUCUGCAGCCCUUGCUCAAUCGUCGGUGGAGCUGGUCAGUGAUGCUGAAGUAGAGGCGUUGAGGGCCGCCCUUAACAAAGCAACGUGA